AUGGCCCAGAAGUUCUGGGCUUCCUGUUUCUUCCCACUGUUUUUCGCUGCCUUGGCUCAGGAGACUCUGAAUCCUCAGAAGUCGAAGGUAGAUUGUAAUGAAGGGGUGGCUGGCACCAUCUUUGAUUAUGGAGCCAAGACCUUGGAUGGUGGGGAGUACGUCCAGUUCCAGCAAUACGCAGGAAAGCACCUUCUUUUUGUCAAUGUGGCCUCCUUCUGUGGCCUGACAGCUACUUAUCCUGAACUGAACAAGCUGCAGGAGGAGCUGAAGCAGUUCGAUGUCAUCGUUUUGGGCUUCCCUUGCAACCAGUUUGGAAAACAAGAACCCGGAAAGAACUCAGAGAUCCUUCUUGGACUCAAAUAUGUGCGUCCAGGAGGUGGCUAUGCCCCCAACUUCCAGCUCUUUGAGAAGGGCGAUGUGAACGGAGAAAAUGAACAGCCGUUUUAUUCUUUCUUAAAGAACGCCUGCCCUCCCACCUCUGAACUUUUGGGCUCUCCAGAGUAUCUCUUCUGGCAACCCAUGAAGGUCCAUGACAUCCGCUGGAACUUCGAGAAGUUCCUGGUGGGGUCUGACGGAGUCCCUGUCAUGCGCUGGUUCCACAAGACUCCUGUCAGAACUGUGCAGUCAGACAUCAUGGAGUACCUAAACCAAACCCGUGCCCCGUAG